AACGCUAGCAAGCUUAAGGGUAUAUUAAGAACGUUCUGCACAGUGCGUUACAAUGUCCAUUCGAAGGUCUUGCCGCCCAACACAUGGCUGGGGUGACGAACCUCGAAACUCAUGUCUAUGUCAUCAUUGUCGUCGAAGUGGAGACACCGAAGCAUCUCGUUGGACAAGCGUGCAGCUUUUAUGAAGCUACCCCUAUACAUGAGCUCCAAGUUAGGCACCAUGACUACGCUGGCCUGUUUGAGGCUUCUGGAGCUGGACGCGAUGAGUCCCCGUCUAUGGUCAGCUAUUUUCAGGACGCAGUACGGCCGGUGAACAUAUCUAGCGCAGAGCUCCACGAGGAAACUUCCGAGGAAGUCGCGAGUAAGGACCGUCAACGUGACCAAAAAGUGAUCGUGUUGGACGUAUCUGAUCCCAAGGACUCGUCCCUCGAUUACCCUUGCGUCGGCCCCCAUGCGUCCUACGCCGAUACUCCGAUCCUACUCUGCACCCUAGGCAUACACCGAGAUGUGUACCCCGACGCUCCUUCUUGUCCUGGAGCCCACGGGCUGCUCGGAAUGACCUCGGUUGUCUCUGGGAGUUUGUGUUCCUUUAAAACCUCUUGUGAGAAGGCCACAUGA